AUGAUUAUCUACACUGACAUCAUCUCCGGCGACGAGAUUCUCUCGGACGCUUACGACAUUAAAGAAUCCAAGGACUGCCCCAUCCUGUGGGAGACCGACUGCCGCAAGUACUCCAAGAAGGUCGGCGAGGACUUCGAGCUUGCUGGCGCCAACCCCUCCGCUGAGGAUGCUGCCGACGAUGACAACGGCGAGGCCGAGAUGGUCAUGGUCCACGACAUUGAGGACCAGUUCCGUCUCCACUGGCUGAAGACCGAGGAGGGCAUGAAGCCCUCCAAGGAUGCCUUCAAGGGCCACCUGAAGUCCUACAUCAAGAAGGUCAACAAGGCCCUUGCCGAGAAGGGUGACGAGGAGGCCGUUAAGGAGUUCCAGAAGCACGCUGCUGCUGCCAUGAAGAAGAUUAUUGCCGAAUACGACGAUUACGAUGUCCUCAUGGGCCAGAGCAUGACCGGUGAUGCUAUGCACGUCCUGAUCAACUUCCGUGAGGAUGGUGUCACCCCCUUCGCCAUUGUCUGGAAGCACGGUUUGAACUCGAUGAAGGUCUAA